CAUAAUAUAAAAGAAAAAAAAGUUUAAAGAAUGUGGAUUUAUUACUUGUUAUUAAAUGGUGGUUCACUAUUCUAUCCAAAUUCGGAAUUCCAAUCCACUAGACUCCUUGAUUUCAACCAACUAUGUAACCUCUGAACAUGCUUUAAUAUGUCAUUCAUGACGUUUUCUGGAUCAACCUUUUCUGAUGUUAUCUAAAAGUCUUACCAUCUUCAAAACAAAUUGGACUUACAUCUCUCUACUCUCCUUCAUAACUCAAACUUCCUCACUAAAGCAAAUCAUCAUCAUAAUCAUUUGAACAUGGACCAUGAAACUGAUUCAGUUAGAAUUUUCUUCUUCCCUUUCGUAGGUGGAGGUCAUCAAAUACCAAUGAUAGACACAGCAAGAGUGUUUGCAAAACAUGGAGCAAUAUCAACCAUCCUAACAACACCCUCCAAUGCUCUUCAAUUUAAAAACUCAAUCACUCGAGACCAAAAAUCAAAUCUUCCAAUUACUAUUCACACUCUCACCGAAAUAACCGACACAGACACAGACAUGUCUGCUGGUCCCAUGAUAGAUACCUCUGUUCUUCUUGAACCUCUCAAACAGUUCCUUCUUCAACACAAACCCGAUUGUAUAGUUGUUGACAUGUUUCAUCGUUGGGCUGGUGACAUCAUCGAUGAUCUCAAAAUCCCAAGAAUUGUUUUCACAGGUAACGGUUGCUUCCCUCGAUGUGUCAUUGAAAAUACUAGAAAACAUGUUGUGUUUGAUAAUCUGAGUUCAGAUUAUGAACCUUUCCUUGUUCCUGGUCUUCCUGAUAGAAUCGAAAUGACAAAAUCUCAGGUUCCGAUUUUCAUGAGAAACACAUCUCAGAUUCCUGAUAGAAUAAAACAGUUGGAUGAAAAAAGCUUUGGUACUGUUAUCAAUAGCUUCUAUGAUUUUGAACCAGCUUAUGCUGAUUACACAAGAAAUGUAUUGGGAAUAAAAGCAUGGCUUGUAGGACCGGUUUCUCUUUGUAAUAGAAGCGUAGAAGAUAAGAAAGAGAGAGGGAAACAACCAACUAUGGAUGAACAAAGUUGUUUGAAUUGGUUGAAUUCUAAGAAACCAAAUUCAGUUCUUUAUGUAAGUUUUGGAAGCUUGGCUCGGUUACACACGAAACAGAUCAAGGAAAUUGCUUAUGGUCUUGAAGCUUCUGAUCAAUCAUUCAUUUGGGUGGUUGGGAAGAUUCUGAACUCAACUGAUAAAGAAGAAACUUGUGGUGAAAAUUGGGUUCUUGAUGAAUUUGAAAAGAGGAUGAAGGAAUUGGAUAAAGGUUUGAUUUUUAGAGGUUGGGCUCCUCAACUUCUGAUAUUGGAGCAUGAUGCAGUUGGAGGGUUUAUGACUCAUUGUGGAUGGAAUUCAACUUUAGAAGGUGUGUGUGUUGGAGUGCCAAUGAUAACGUGGCCACUUUCAGCUGAACAAUUUAUUAAUGAGAAAUUGGUAACAGAUGUGUUGAAGAUAGGGGUUCAAGUUGGAAGUAAAGAGUGGGGAACGUGGGAUAGGGAGAGGAAAGAGUUGGUGGGAAGAGAAAAAGUGGAGUUUGCAGUGAAGAAGUUGAUGAGGAAGAGUGAAGAGACAGAAGAAAUGAGAAGGAGAGUUAAACAAAUUGCAGAGAAUGCAAAAAGUGCUGUUGAAGAAGGUGGAACAUCUUAUGCUGAUAUUGAUGCCUUUAUUCAGGAACUUAAAGCUUGCAGAUUCACAAGUCAAGUUUAGAUUGUUAAACAAUGCAAGCCAACGGCCACAUCAUACCAUGCAUAGACCUUGCAAGACUCUUCUUUUCAAGAGGACUCAAAGUCACCAUCAUCACAACCCAUCUCAACGUACCCCUCAUUUCAAGAACCAUUGGGAAAUCCAAAAUCAACAUCAAAACCAUUCAAUUUCCUUCACCUCAACACAC